AUCAUCUGAAAAUGAAAAUUAUAAUUCUCCUUGGACUCAUAGGAACUACAUCAUCAGCCCCGCUUAUCUCACAGCGUCUAUUGUCUGCUAGUAACAGUCAUGAGUUACUCCUGAAUCUUAAUAAUGGUCAACUUUUGCCACUGCAGUUCCAGGGUGCCUUCAACUCCUGGAUUCCUCCCUUUCCUGGGUUUUUGCAGCAGUUGCAACAGCAGCAGGCUCAGGUCUCAGGACGCCCACAGUUUCCUCUCUCAACACUAGAGAACUUUGCUGGGCUAUUCCCAAAUCAGAUACCUUUCUCAAGACAGGUUGGGUUUGCCCAAGCAGGCCAGGCUGGCCAGCCAGACCUCUCUCAGCAGCAGACACCACCUCAGACCCAGCAGGGGCCUAGCCCUAUGUCAUAUGUGGUUCCUGUCAAAGUGCCUCAAGAUCAAACACAGAUGUUUCAGUACUAUCCAGUUUACAUGCUUCUGCCCUGGGAACAACCUCAGCAGACAGUCACAUCCGCACCCCAGCAGACGGGGCAGCAGCUAUUUGAGGAACAGAUACCAUACUAUAAUCAAUUCGGAUUCGUAGCACAACAAGCAGAACCUGGGGUACCAGGAGGGCAGCAGCACUUGGCUUUUGACAGCUUUGUAGGCACAGCUCUGGAAACUCCUGGAAUGCCAGCAGAAGGAAGCCCGCUUUAUCCACAAAAAGAACCAAUUAGCUUUAAGCAUGAUAGUGCAGGAGUUUUCAUGCCUUCAACUUCACCAAAACCCAGCACCGACAAUUUUUUCACUUCUGAAAUAGACCCAACUAUUGCUCCAGUGCUUCCAGAACAGAAGGUCAAGACUGAUAGCCUAAGAGAACCAUAAGACAUUGUUUAAAUCACUCAGAAGUUUUGAUAGGUGUGACGGUACUGUGGCUGUCUUUUAAAGAUUAUUUUCUUCUUGUAUGCUAAUAGAAAUUUGUUUAAUGAUGUAAAGCUUCUAUUUGUCUAAUGAUAUAAAGCCUCUUCACUGAUUUCAUUUUUCUUUACUUAUAAAGGAUACUAUUCAUGUCACAAAAAAAUAAUGUGUCAUGGAAUAAGUCCUACCUUUACAAUGCUGUCUUUUUUCCCAAAGAUUCUGGGAUUAUAUAAUCUGAAAAAUGACAAACA